AUGAAGUUCUCUGCUGCCCUUUUCUUCGCCUCUGUGGCCUCUGCCUCUGUCCUCGGCCAACGUGCCGAAUGUCUCAGCGGUCAGGACAUCUGCGACGUUUUCGACUACAACGCUCCCCAGUGCUGUGAGGGCACUUACUGCCGAAACAUGGGCGGCGGCGACGACUUCACCAAGGGCUCGUACAUCAAGCUCUCCAAGGUGGUCAAGAAGCAGGAGCAGUGCCAUGCCAAGGACGUACGUUGCGAUUACUUCUUCCAGGACUGCUGCGCCCCCACGUUUGCCUUCCCAACCGCAAGUGCGGACCCUCGCCUUUCAAGCGCGACGAAACUGGUGUCGCACUUCUCGGUAAGUGCUAAACGAUGUUUAGCUUUGUAUCAUCUUUGGGUGCUUCACAACUUGUUACCUACUGGUCAUCUAGGGCCUUGCAACCCCUCGGGUGACAACGAGUGCUGCAAUCCUCACGAAACUUACUGUGCGGUCACUCCUAGCAAGGACGGUGAAAUCCAUGGAACUUGCACCUCUAGCAUUUUCUAA